GUAAGUCGAUAAGAGCUUAGGCAGAUUAGUGUCCUCCGUCCAUUCACGUAAAUAGUUUCAGCGGUUUAAGAUCUCAGUCUUGUUUAAACUUUACUUGUUAUUUAAACUCGAAUUGUUUAUUUAUUUCAUUGUUUUUAUAUAUCUGCAGCUGGAAAAUUUAUACCAGUUUUGAAUAUUUUUUAAUCUUCGUUUCUUCAUUUUUUAUUUUUUAUUUCUAAUUCAAAUAUUUGAAUUUGAAUUUGAAUUGUUAAUUGUUAAUUGUUAUCAGCGGACUGAGGUCUUAUCAGUUGAAUAGAUAAAUUGUUGUUGACGUACUUGAAUAGUCGGGUUUUAUAGUUUUUUUUUCGCACACCGUUGUCGGGUUUAUGAAAUAGUAUUCAUUAGAAGCAAAGUAAUUUUUGUAAAUUAUUUAAAAGGUGUUUUGUUUUUAAAAAAAUGGCUAAAAUAAUAAACGCGGAUAACGAUUCGUGUGAAUUCAAAAAAGAUAUCGGAAGAAGAAGUGCUGUUCCGAUAAUUUAUACACGAGGAACUCACUAUGAAAUUGGUUUUGAUAUCGGUCGUACGUUUGCUAAAAUAAUAAAUGAGUUUGUUGAUUGUUACAAACCGCUAAACGAUACAUAUUUAGCAGCUUACAAUACUAAAGAAGGAAGAAUUAUUUAUGAUGAAACAUUAGAAUGCGUUAGAAAACAAUUUCCGCAAUAUUUACGUGAAAUUGAAGGAACAGCUGCUGGUGCUAAUGUACCAUUUUACAAGCUGUUUCUUAUGCACCUUGAUGACAUUAUCCCGAAUGUCAUUAAUGGAGAAAUGGCCAGCACUAAACAACCCGUUGGAUGUUCGUCUAUUAUUUGCAAUCAUCCUGGGCAGGAAAUUUUAGGACACAACGAAGAUGCAUUGAGCGAAACUUUAAAUUAUUGGUACAUAGUCUGCGCAGAUAUUGUUGAGCCUGGGUAUAAAAAAGAAAAAUUUUCAUCUCUAUCAUACGCAGGAUUUCUUCCUGGCUACACAAUGGGAUUUAAUUAUCACGGACUAGUAUUCAGCAUCAAUACUCUGAGCGCUAAAACACUGAGAUCGGGAAAAACUCCCCGAUAUUUCUUAGCUCGAGCUCUUCUCGGCGUAGAAAAUUUUGUUCAAGCGCAGCAGACAUUGAGAAACAAAGGCUACGGCGCCGCUGAAGGUUUUUCAGUGAACAUGACGUUUUUAGAGCAAGAAGGUGACAGAAUGUUUCAUAACGCCGAAGUCGGUCCCGUUGAAAAAGGCUCUGAUGAAUCACAACUGAGUAUUCUCACCGCAAGUCCCGGGGAAAAUAUAUUUCAUUGCAAUAAAUAUCUCAGAUUAAAAGUACCCGAAGUAGACGGCGUAAUUAUUCCCAGCAGUGAGCAUCGAAUGUCAGCAAUAUUGCGACAUCCGCGACCGCGCACUCGCCGCGAAGUAAUUGAUAUACUUACUGAUCAAACAGAUAACGAGUAUCGAGUUUAUCAGGAAUUCGGACCCGACGAUUACGUCAAAACAAUAGCCACCGGAAUAUUUGAUUGCGUUAAAAGAACUUGGUCUAUUUACGCCACAAAGCCGAAAUAUAAUGAACCAUUGGUCGUUUUACCCAUACGUACUGAGACAUUUUAAAUAUUUUCAUUCAAUACUUAAUUAUAAUUAUUAAUCACUCACAUUUACGUCAUGGAAUUUUUGUCUAAUUAUUUAAAUUAAAUCUGGAGAUAAAAAAAAAAAAAAUAGAUUAAUAACUUGCGGAUUUUAAUGAUGAUUCGGUAAUUAAGUAUGAGUCAGUUAUAUUUUUUUUUUUAUUAUGUGACGUAAUGUUGAAUUUACAAUCGAAAAGUAUCAAGAAAAUGUAAAUAUCAAAAAGAUAAAUAUAAAUAAAAAAAUGAAAUGUUUUUAAAUAAAAUUAGCGGCAGAAAGAUGGAACAAUAA